UAACCACAGCAAUCGCAACCACAACCACAAAACGUUCGUUAUGCCCUUGGUGCCUGCGUUUCUACAACCAAGCGCGAUACUCCAGUACUUGCAAACAGACACGUUCAAGAAACAUCGACCAGACUGGGCUGUGACGUUCUUUCUCAUUGUCUAUUUCUUUCUAGUGGCUGAACAUGCCCAGCCUUUCCAACGACAAUUCUCCUUGAGUGACUUGACAAUAUCCCAUCCCUUCACCACGGAUGAGCGUGUCAGUGGCAUUGAAUGCAUUUUGCUUGCCACUUUCAUCCCGCUCAUCACCAUAUUCUUGGUUUCCUUAGUGAAAAACAACCAGGGCGCGUUCAGCUCCCCACAUGACACUUUGCACUGCGUGCAAAUCAGUGUAUUGGGAUUGCUUGUGUCCAUGACCGUCAAUGGAAUCGUCACUGACAUGCUCAAGAACUGGAUCGCGAGACCAAGGCCUGACUUUUUGGCCCGGUGUGGUGCUACGGCUGAAACACCAUAUAAUCAAUUAGUCGACAUCAGCGUGUGUACUGCACCCUACGGGUUAUCAGUAUUGACCGAUGGAAUGAGAUCCACUCCCUCGGGCCAUUCGUCCAUCAGUUUCAGCGGAUUCUUGUAUUUGACCUUGUGGUUGCUUGGACAGUUUAAAUUGUUAUAUAGUAAGCCUCAUCAUUUAUACAAGUACAUAUUGGCAGUUUUGCCCUUGGUAUUGUCGUGCUAUGUUGCUUUGAGCAGAACACAGGAUUAUAGACACCAUUUUGAGGAUAUCAUAUUGGGGAGUUUGUUGGGGAUUGGGUUUGCCAGUUGGUCAUACCAUCGAUACUUUAACAGUUUGGUUUCCAAAAUUUCGGAAAUUCCCCGUGGUGAUGAUGAAGAAGAGUCGAUAUUACCUGUUUAAGUGUAUAGUAUAAUGUAAGAGCACUUUU